AUGCCGAAAUUGACGAACCGCGGGUGCAUAGGGCUCUGCAUUUUGGCUUAUGCACCAGUGGAACUCACAGCUAACUCGACUUUGUUUCCUCAGGCCACCGAGACUGUGGCACAAUCUAACGGGCUCUCGCCUCGAGGGGUGAAGGCGGAGCCCGUCACCUUUGUAUCAACCUUAGCUCAUCGUGCACCAGCUGAAACAUCAAGCCCCCAAAAGCAAAAACGCGAUGAUGCCCUUGAGAGAUUCGGCUUUGCUCUUUCCAAUCGCUCUGUUUCCUCUUCGGGAUACCGAAAUCCGCCCGAUACUAGCGCAGGAACUCAGCGCGGCUAUCGUUCCGCAUCCACGACUAUCCCACGCAAGCGCAAGAGCCAGAGCGCUGAGAGCGAUGGUAUAGUUGAGAAAACUGAUGAUUCUUCCUCUGGCAAUGAGAAAGUCACUUCUGGUGCAAGCAAGGUCUCUACGUCGAUAGAAGAGCUCGUGCCGAGGACCUCUACCGCUGUGGAUUCCGUGAGCGUGGUCGUUCCCGCUCCUUCCUCUUACCAGAGGAAGCACAUGAAGGCGGAUUAUAUCGGGCUUUGCGAACGGCACUUCCCGACUGAGGACGGUGAGAAAGAGAAAGCGCAACAGCGUGCAUAUCCCACGGCCGCUGUCAAUAAGAAGGUGGUUCCGUUCACUAUUAUGAAUGCUGCGCCUCAGCCUAAGGAGGGCUCUCUUCCACGUUCUUCGCACCCAGACUCAUUAUGUGAAACCCCGGCUACCAAGCCUCAGUCUCGGCCCCAUGUGACGAAGUUCCUACGCAAGAAGCUCAAGAAAAAGCUCAAGCGGGUCCGAGGCGGGCCUAAAACGUCGUUCGACAUCGACGAUGAAAAAUUGGCCGUCCUGUCGGCCAACUUUUACUUCGUGAGCGAUUAUCGACUUGGUCCUGGAGUGGCCCCCGUCCCAGAGGAGUUCCACGCCGGCUGCGACUGUGCAGGGUUCUGUCAUCCCAAGCGCUGCAGCUGCCUCAUCGAGGAAAUGGAUUCUGAUAACCUGAUCGUCGCUUAUGAUCGCUUGCCUAGCGGUCAAGUCGUUCUGCGGAAGGACUUCCUGAAUCGUAAGGCGAUGAUCUCCGAGUGCAGUUUCCGGUGUCGGUGCAGCAAUACGGGGGAUUGCUGGAAUCAUGUGGUCCAGCGCGGACGUCAAAUUCACCUUGAGGUCUUUCAUACUGGCGCGCGUGGAUUUGGCCUUCGCUCGCCUGAGCCUAUCCUUGCCGGUCAAUUCAUCGAUUGCUACCUCGGUGAAGUGAUUACGAAGAAGGACGCCGACGCUCGCGAAACCCUCCAUGAAAAUGGCCAAUCCUACCUUUUCAGCCUAGACUGGCUGAUCGACGAUGACCACCCCUACGAGGACAGUUACGUGGUGGAUGGCCAGAAAUUCGGCUCGGCAACACGCUUUAUUAACCACUCAUGCAACCCGAAUUGCAAGAUCAUCCCUGUUUCGACCACUCGUCUAUCUGAUCAACGCCUUUACUACCUUGCUUUCUUCGCCAUUCGCGAUAUUCCCGCCGAGACGGAGCUCACUUUCGACUACCACCCGAAUUGGGACGGAUCAAAGAAUGUCGAUCCAAAUGCCGUCAAGUGUCUCUGUGGGGAAGAGAACUGUCGCGGCCAGCUAUGGCCCAACACUCGCAAGAAAGGGGGCAGCGAUUGGUAA